AUGACGUACGUCCGCUCGGUUGCUCUUCUUGCUGGACUCGUGCUAUCUUCGUCGGUUGCUUUUCAAGUGAUCGUCGACCCGCUUGAUGAGGCCAAAAACGGCUCUUCGCGGCCGAUGGCUGUCAACGACGUAGCAUUUCUAACAACAACCGCAUGCCACCCAAGCCUGUACGGCGCGGGCGUGACCAACCGGAUCUGCUUCACUGACUUUUUAACGGUGAAGACGUUGGAUGGUGGUGUACUCAACCGGUUCCAAGUAAGGGGCUGCCAUGUGAACACGGAGAUCGAGUUGGGCUACUGCCGCGACGGCGCAUGCCCGACGACUUCAGCCUACGAAGUCGUCAUCUACUCGGAGCCAUGGUCAGUGAUGAGUAAUGCACCGUAUAUAAGGGAGAUUGUGCAAGUUCCGAGUGAACCUGCUCCACGUGCGGACAUGUAG